AUGGAAGAUGCACAAGGGCCAUCGAAGAGCGCGCUGAAGAAGGCCGAAAAGCAGGCGAAGAUGGCUGCUGCCAAAGCCGAGAAAGCGGCCGCGCGAGCUACCACAGUCCCCAUCGUUGGAGGAGGCGGCGCCAAGAAGGGCGACGAGUCCAAGGAGAUCAUCGGCAUGACUGUCUCGAAGGAAGUCAACUUCAGCCAGUGGUACCACGACCUGGUGAUCAAGGCUGAGCUUGUGGAAUACUAUUCCGAGAUUUCCGGCUUUUUCAUCCUCCGACCGGCCGCAAUGCAUAUCUGGAACGUCAUCCGCGCCUGGUUCCAGGAGAGGAUCCAAGACAUGGGGGUCGAAGAGACGAACUUCCCCAUGUUUUUGUCUUCCAAAUCACUGGAAAAGGAGAAGGAACACGUGGAAGGAUUUGCUCCUGAGCUGGCAUGGGUAACCAAGGCGGGAGACAAAGACUUGGAGGUCCCCGUCGCGGUCCGCCCUACCUCAGAAGCAGUCAUGUACCCUUAUUACUCGAAGUGGAUUCGAUCGCAUCGGGACCUCCCCUUCCGGUUGAAUCAAUGGAACUCAGUUGUCCGGUGGGAAGCGAAACAAACAACGCCAUUUCUGAGAACGAGAGAGUUCCUCUGGCAGGAAGGGCACACUGCCCAUCUUAGCGAGGCACUUGCUGAGAAGGAAGUGCUCGAAAUCCUGGAGCUUUACGCCGGCGUCUAUGAGCAAUUGCUGGCUGUUCCUGUCGUGCGCGGCAAAAAGACUGAAAACGAAAAAUUCGCCGGCGGGUACUGGACAUCAACUUGCGAGGCUUACAUCCCGACAAAUGGUCGCGGGAUCCAGGGGGCGACAUCUCACAAGAUGUUUGACAUUACAGUGGAGGACCCAGAGAAGAAGGGCGAAAAGAUAUUCGUUUGGCAGAAUUCCUGGGGCUUGUCAACCCGUGUCAUUGGCGUCAUGGUCAUGUUGCACGGAGAUGAUAAGGGCCUCGUCCUUCCCCCCCGAGUGACUAAGAUCCAGGCAAUCUUGAUUCCUGUCGGCCUGACCGCCAAGAUGAACCCUGAAGAUCGAGCAAACCACAUGAAGCAAGUCGACGAGCUCAGGGCAUCUUUGAGGAAAGCCAAGGUUCGUGUCGAAAUUGAUGAUCGUGAUGGCUAUUUUGAGACCUCGACUGCUAACCGCAUCGUCAACACCAGUACGCCCGGCUUCAAAUUCGCAGAUUGGGAAAUGAAAGGCAUCCCCCUGCGCCUCGAGUUCGGGCCCAAGGACGCCGCUGCCUCGGUCGUAACCUAUGCUCGCCGCGACACGGGCUCCAAGGGAACGAUCCCCAUUGCCGAGCUCGCCACGCAGGUCCCCGCGCUGCUCGAGACGAUCCAGCAGGACAUGUACAACAAGGCGGAUGCGUCUUUCAAGUCCCAUCGGCUAAUCCUACGAGACUGGGCGCAGGUCGUCCCUGCCCUGGACUCGCGCAACGUGGUGCUCAUCCCCUUUUGCGAGGAGCCCGCAUGUGAGGAGCGGAUCAAGGAAUUGACAAAGAGCGAUGAGAAUCAGGAACUUGGACCAGAUGGCUUGAGGCAGCCAAGCAUGGGCAUGAAGAGCUUGUGCAUCCCGUUCGAGCAGCCCGAUGGUCUCGUCCAAGGCGAGACAAAGUGCCUGAAUCCGGAAUGCGAGCGGCUCGCGAAAUCGUGGGUCAUGUUCGGUCGCAGCUAUUAG